AUGGCCCGCAGCAAGGAAAUUGCCCCCAGCGUGGGACGCCUCUCUCGCUCCCAAGUCUUCGCGCGCCGUGGCCUCUACAAGGGCCCCAAAAACACCGAGAAGCCGGCUGCUGCAGAAGCUGCGGCGACGAAGGAGGUCCAGGUUGGAGGAGAGAAGAACGGCGGCAAGCGUCUUGUGCCCGUUGCAAAGGCACCCCGUUUCUACCCCGCGGAGGACAUCCGCCAACCCAAGAAAAGCCGUAAGACCCCCAAGCCUGCGAGGCUCCGCACAUCCAUCACUCCCGGCACCGUCCUCAUUCUCCUCGCUGGUCGCUUCCGGGGAAAGCGCGUCGUUUUCCUCAAGCAGAUCGAGAGCGGUCUGCUCCUCGUUACUGGCCCGUAUAAGGUCAACGGUGUCCCCCUCCGACGGGUGAACCAGGCCUACGUGAUUGCGACCUCCACCAAGGUCGACCUCGGCGACUUCAAGGUCGACGAGAAGUUCAACGACGCGUAUUUCGCCAAGCCCGCCAAGAAGGGCUCCCGCUCAGCAGAGGAAGAGUUCUUCGCUGAGGGCAAGCCGAAGGAGAAGGAGGCGUUCCCCGAGUCGAAGGCGGCUGACCAGAAGGCGGUUGACGCUGCUGUCAUCGCUGCCGUCAAGAAGACGGAGAGCCUCAACAAGUACUUGAAGUCGAGUUGGGGUCUGUCGAAGGGCCAGUUCCCUCACCAGUUGGUGUUCUGA